GGGGAGUUGGUGCAGAUCGGGUGCGACGGUGCUGCUAGUUUAGCAGUUUUCACCCUCUGGAGUAAAAGCGCAAGCGCUAAUGUCCUUUCCCGAAGCUCGGUACUACACGCCAGUAAUCCGUGGAAUGCCAAGGUAGAAGGAGCUAUUUUUUCGAAGAGACGCAGCAGAGACGCAGCUCCGAAUAGUUUAAGAAUCGAUGGUCGAUCGAAGAAAGGAGAUCGCCGUUGAAAGCAAGAACAGAGACGGAGAUCGAACAGGAUGAAGACGUGGAACGUUCAAGUAACGACUUCGUAUGGACCAACCAGAUACAUGGAACGAUCGAAGCAAAACUCGCUUAGAUCGGUUUAAUGUUUUUGCAGAUAAUACAAAUGUCGAUUUCCGUAUCGCAUUCUUUUGAGGAUCUGGGCUAGGAGAGAAAGCGAAAUAAGAUUUCGUGUCAUAACGGUCGUAAACGUAUCGCGAUCCGUUUGACUUUCCUCUUCACCGAUACUCGACUCGGUUUGUUGGGUGAAUAGAAUAGAAGAGAAAAGUAGGAAAUAAAGGAAAAGGAAGCGCCGGGAAAUAAGUAUCGGAAUAAGGCGGACGGGCGGAAGGACGGACGUAUAAUAGGAAAGAGGAGGUGAUUAAGAGAAAGUACCGAGGGAGUGAAGAAGAAAACCGUUGGCGGAGAGGUGAGGAAAGUGGGCGGCAUUGCCAAGAUCAAAUAAAAGAGCCUCGUGACGGAGGGGCUUCGUACGGCCCUGGCGCGACUGCGGCACUGCACCCCCACAGGGGGUUCUCUGCCAAAUACACCAAAUCCGCCUUCCACCCCGGAACAUAGAAAUCACGCGGAAGUCGCAGUUGUCGCACCGUUCCAAAAGUGGUCGUUAUGGGUUCGAGCACCGCUUCCGAAACAACAAUCAACACUAGCACCGACAGCGCCAACACGAUGCUCACCAUGGUGACGACAACGGACGGAGAGCAACCGGACGACAGUUUCGAUUUGAUGGAUAUUCCAUCGGAGAUGUCACCACCGGCUACUACAUCGUCGACCGGUGGUCAGUCACCGGAGCCGAUUCUAUCGGCUGUAGCUGUAAUCUCCUCACCGUUACCAGUCCAUGCUUCGACCUCUUCGCCGAUCGAAUAUUCGACCCCGGACGAGAAGGGACUUAAAACUGGCGCGAAUUUGAGAUCAGAACUUCCAAUCGAUUGUUUGGAUAUUCGAACAUCUAGUGUUUCGAAUCUUCUCGAUGAGACGGAGAUUCCUUCGGUCGAUGCAACGCCUAUUAUCAUCCACGGUACCGUCAACGAGGUCGGUAAGGUUUCCAUCUCCGGAAGAACCCCGCCUCUUCCAGAUCUCCGAGCGACCGACUUUUUCAGCACACCAGUAAGGGGUUCGAUGGAUGCUGGUCAACCAGACCCGGAUGGUCUAAAUCCGUUGCUAACCUUGCUUGUUGGAAGAUCCCGUGGCGAAGAUGGGAAUCGAGAGAAUCGAAUAGUAAACAACAUCGGUGAGAAGAAAUACGGGAAGGGAAAACCGAAUGUGAAUGUUACGACGAACCCUCUGGACAUAUCGUUGAUAGGAACUCGCACCGAUCAAAGUAACAACGAUCAGUCGUCCGAUGGUCCUGGUAGAACAACCAGUGCCACGAGCAAACCUCGAGGAAAACCCGCCGAAUCGCAUCCCCUCGUUUCAACCAUUCAUUCAUGGGUCAGGCUCUUUUUCCCGUUUUGCGCAAUAGGAGGCAACGCGAGUGGAAAUAAGAGAUCGACGCAAGCGGCAACAAUCGUGGUGCAACAACCGUCGCUGUCAUUGGACGGAUCAGCCGGAGCUGCAACAAUAUUGCUGCACCCAGAGUUGGACGUUAGACGUCGAGAGGAAAAUAUGAGACAAUUGUUGGAUGUGGCCAAUACCUUGACCUUGCAAGAAAUACACGACUUUGAGAUGAGGUACGGUAGUCCGCACCACAGUCGGUCUCAGUCGGUUAAGACUCCCGGAAGCCGUUCAUCGGGCAGACCAAACUACCUGUGUCUUCCACAGCAGAGAUCAAGAGUCGCGAGCAUGCCAAAUACCGGCGUUGAGGAAGAAUAUUAUAGACUUCGACAUUUCAGUAUAACUGGUAAAGGAGUUGUAAAUCGAGGAGACUCGUUGAAAAGUCGGAGAUCUCGAUCAAACAAUAGCGUCGCUUCGAGUAACUCGAGCACGGAACAUUUAACAGCUUCGUAUCCUGGAUCGGCAAGAAAUUCUGCAGCGGGAUCGUUGGCGAGUUCCCGCGAAAGCAGCGCGUCUCAGGGACCAACACCGUAUCGCGUUCUAAUGCUGGGAGCUCCAGCCGUAGGAAAAAGUUCGCUGGUUUCUCAGUUUAUGACGUCGGAAUAUCUUCAUGCGUACGAUACAUCGAUUGACGAUGAAUCGGGAGAGAAAACCGUCAGCGUUCUUCUAGCUGGAGAAGAAUCCGAACUGACUUUUAUCGAUCACUCUAGCACUGAGAUGACGCCGGAAACCUGCAUAACUACGUACGAACCACACGCUUACUGCGUCGUCUAUUCAACGACCGAUCGGGCUUCGGUACGCGUGGCGGAAGAAGUUUUGCAAACACUUUGGCGCAGCGACUACGUGUCGGCUCGAGCGGUGAUCCUUGUUGGAAACAAAGUCGACCUCGUUCGCAGUCGAUUAGUCUCGACCGAAGAGGGGAAAUCUAUGGCUACAUCUUACGACUGUAAAUUUAUCGAAACAUCGGUCGGAAUCAAUCAUAAUGUCGACGAACUUCUCGUUGGCUUGCUUACGCAAAUUCGACUGAAGCUCGAGAACCCUGAAAGAACAAGGGACCUAUUUCGGAAGAGAUCGCGAAAGAAUCGUAGCAAAUCACCUUUAGGAUCUUGUUCUGAAAACAAUUCACCGAAAAAAUAUCGCGGUAGUCGUACAAGUACCAGUUUAAAGGUACGAAAUUUAUUAGGUAAGGUAUGGGCAAGAGAUAGCAAGUCCAAGAGUUGUGAAAAUUUACACGUUCUUUAAUCGUUUGGACGAAGAAAUGCGACACGACAUUCUAUUCCUACUCGAUCAGAACGUCACUAAAGUUGCUUUCAAUCUGCAAUUUCUUCUUUUUUUACCUUUGUUUCUUCUCUUCUUAUUUCUCUAUCGUUCUCUUCUUUCUGGUAGUUGUUUUUAUCCCUUUUGCCUUCGAUAAUUACAUUAUUAUUUUUCGAUCUUUAUUCCAUUUUUCUACAUAACUUCUUGAGCUUCGAUUGCUUUGGAUUUCGCAUCGCGGGGACCAGCAUUUAUCAGACCACUAGUCAAUUCUCUCGUUGUUUCCUAUUUUACUCUAAUCGUAUUGGUGUUGUAAGUUUUAAUAGAAUCGGUUUAUUGGAUAAAAUACGGUCCAUCUAAAUACAUACAUGAUCGAAUAGCUUGAAAAGCGUUUAUAAAGACGUUUUUGCGAAACUUUAACUACGUUUCGACAAUGGAGUCACGAAUAGAUCGAAACCUCGAAUAUAGAAUAAUUCGAACGAAUUCCUCUCUGAAACCAACUGUUCCAACCUCGAAAUUAUAAAAAGCCGAAAGCAUUGUGUGUCACUUACAUAUUUCCAGCUCUUUAUUUUAGCUUGUUCACCUCUUCUCUCGCUCUCAAACUCUUCCUCUUACAUCGGUCUUUUUUUGUUGUGGUGCAAUCAGUUUUAUCGAUCUCUUUACUCUUCGCAUGUUUGAUAUACAUAUGUAUACAUUACUCCCGUUCUACGAUCCAAACGCGAAGAAGUGAACCAAUGUUCUUAUGUUUUUCAAGCUCGCACCAUCGAUGCACAGCCAUAAUCGCAUUAGGAUUAUUUUCUUCAAAUUUCACUACAUACCAGGAGUAAAAACACCAUUUAUAUUAUAUAUCUCUACAUUAAUAUUAAAUUGACAAUAUACAUAUAUAUGUAUGUAAGCAGUUACUUCGUCUUUCGCAAUUCCACAACUUUCCUACAUUGGGUUUCGUCGUUACGUUAGUUGUCACGCAAAUGUUGCUUGAAUGGUUGAUUGGUUGAACGCAAUCGUGAACAAACAGUACAAAAGUUUGUCGCCUUACUUCGUUCGUCAUUUAAAUGAUACAGAGAAUAAGAUAGAGAAGGAGCGAGGGGAAAAAAUAAGAGCCGGAAGAAAAAUGAUAAGACUAAAAAAUGGAAAAAUAAAAGGUACGCGUGCCCAUUUUUUAUCUCGCAAAACAACGUUAAAUUAUGUUUCUUAAUAAUCUGUUACGAUAUAUUAUGAAAAUUUAUAGAAUAACAAACGCGUUUUUUCUUGUUUGUUAAUCGCGAAGCGAAAAAAUUGUAACGAAUCGAGCUGUAUCGCUCGAGCAAACGGAUUAGUUUCCGUUUAAGUACGUACGAAGAGAAAGAAGGAUUUACUUAAUAGAAAAGAGACAGGGAAACAUAAAAAGGGGAAAAAAGACAAAAUCACACAUUUAGAGUACGAUAAGUGCAUAAAUACAAGUUCACAUGUGAGAUUUUGUUCGUUUACGAGGUUUUACACAUAUGACGGAUUUUUGGAAGACUGUCCGGUAAAUCGUAUUACUCUUUAAGUAUACAACCAAUUUUACCUUAGUCUGUACUGUUACCUUAUAAUAACCUCCCGUCCAUCGACUAGAAAGAAAUUUCUACGAGCCAUGGCAAUCGUUUAAAUCGCCAUUACUGCAUGGAAUCGUAACGAACGUAUCGGACAUUUCGAGUACACGAAUGACCAUAAAUUAGUCGUUAAGAACCGCGCUACUUGUUUCCGCGAAAAGUUUCCAUUACUUUUCGUGCCGAAACGAACUGUAAUUGUACCGUGCUGUACCAUGCCGUACCAUGCCGUGCAUUGUACCAAAUUUUAACUUUUAACCUUUCAAAGCGCAUGUGCGAGACUGAUUUUCAUUCGAUUUCGAAUAUCAAACGAUACCGCUGACGAACGGGCGUUUCGUUUCCGUGAGAAAAUUGUUUGCGAAAUAAACUACAUGUUCCGAUAAGAACAAACGUCGACGAUGCGCGCAUGCUCUUUUACUUGUACUUUUUUUCUCUUUUUCGAGAAAAGAUCGUCCUCUGCUCUUCGUUAGGCCGUAUUAUCGACGAGAGCAGCGACGUUAAACGGCAAGGACAUACAAAAGGAAAUUGAGAAUGAGAGGGCAAACUGUAAUCGAAAGGACCAAUUUGAUAAGAAAUAAGAUGCGCAAAGAAAAAUAAAAAGAAAACAUUAUGACUUUCAUGAGUAGACUACGAUGGAAUGAGAAUGGGGAUGAUGGGGAGCGUGCAAGCGAGAGAGAAAGAAAGAGAGAGAGAGAGCGAGAGAGAGAGAGAAAGAACGAAAGAGACAGAGAGAGAGAGAGAGAGAGAGAGAAAGAGGAGGGGUAGAAAAUGAGGGAUUUAAGGAGGGAAGAGUACGAUGUUCGCUGAUGAUUAUCCGUCCAUCAAUGUACACCUUGAAAAAGAUAUCCUUCGCAAACGACCAUGCCGAUUUUAAUCAAGAGCUGAUCGAUGUUGACGAGCUUUGUUUGAAGGAUCCACACGAACACCGUCUCUUGGAAUGUGAGGUGGUGAAUCGGUCGCACUGCCCUCUCGAUGUGGAGAAAAUCUCGAGGAAGACGCAAGCGGACAAAUGAUAUAUGUACAAUGUACAUAUAAUACGUCUCGAUUUUGACGGACACAAACACGUGUCGCUUGUUGAAUAUGUAUGUAUGUAUGUACGUAUGUAUAUAUGUAUGUAUGUAUGUAUGUACGUAUGUAUGUAUGUAUGUAUGUAUGUAUGUAUGUAUGUAUGUAUGUAUGCAUGUCUACAUGUAUGUGUGUUUGUUGUGUGUGUGUGCGCGCGCGCACGAGCGCGUGUUGUGUGCAUGCAUUUGUGUAUUUAUGUAUGUACGUAUGUAGGUAUGUACGUAUGUACGUAUGUACAUAUGCAUCUAUGUAUGUAUGUACGUAUGCAUAUAUGUAUGUGUGCAUAUAUGAAUAUACGAAUGUACGUAUGUACAUAUUUAUGUGCGUAUGUAUGUAUAUACGUAUGUGCGCAUUUAUGUAUGUAUGUGUGUACGUAUGUAUAUACAAAUGUGAUAUGUAUGUAUAUGCGAUCGAAUGCACCGACGAAUACCCACAUUUUGCGGACCAGAGCCUACCGAUUAGGCAAUUUCUUCGAUCGAUGUUAUAUUAUAUCCUUGUACCUGUAUGCGUAGUAAAGCCGCGCUGAUUUUAUUGUCUUUUCUUGUUAUUAGCGUAUCAAACAACGUUGUUAGUAUAUUGACCGUUGCUAUCGAUAAUACGAUUUUCUAGUGUAUGGAAAAUCGGGAUACAACGAGAAAUAGAUUCAGAUCGAAUUUGCGAUUCGACCCUGAUCUUUACGCUACAUGAUGUCAUGUCGGUGAUAGCGAUGACAAUGACUAUGACAACAGAAACGCUGACGACGAUCGUUUCGAUAAUAUAUUACAAACAUUUUUAUUUCUAUUUACAUUUCUAUGUCUGUACGUACGUCCAAUAUAUCUGAAAUAAGUUAUCGUUUCAUCCUUGUGUAUGUAUUUUAAAAUCAUCGAAAUUGAUUGUUUAGCGAAUUAUUAUGCUGAUGCGUUGAUAAUAAUUCUCGUUUUUUCUUCAUACAUAUGCAUGUAUAUAUAGGAACUACAAAAUCUCUUGAAAGAAAAUACUUCCUGAAGCAUCGCCAAUUUAAACAUCCGAUAAAAACCAAAGCCAUUGUUUUCCAAAAUUCUAUUUCAUCGUAUACUAGUGAUGAAAUAUUAAUAAUGUCCAAGAAAAAAAUGCGACACCUAGUUGAUACGGAAUGCAUGUAAAUCGAUAAAAUAAAGAUAUAGCAUUUUCUCAUUCA